GAGAAGGCGUCUGCUUACAUAAAAAUUAAUUUCCAUCGUAAGCACCGUUCUAUAAGUAAUUAAUAGCUUUAGAAAAGAAGAGGAUUUGAUUUUUUUUAUUUAAAAUGAGAAUUUUUCUUUUGUUAUUAAGUUGUGCUUUUAGUUUUAAUAGAAUUGAAGCUACGCCAAUGAACGAAGCUCAACUUCAGAAUGCUGCAAAACUAAUUAGAAAUGUUUGUCAACCUAAACUUAAAAUAUCCGACAAACUGAUAGAAAAUAUACACAAUGGCGAUUUUGCUGAGAAUGAAAAAGUGAUGUGUUAUCUCGAGUGCGUUUUACGUAUGGGACAGUUGGUAAGUUAUAACAGAAAGCAGUCUUAUUAA